GUUUCAGCUAUAAGUCAGCCAUUUGGUUAAUAUCAAUGAUGAAACUGCUUGCUAUGAUGUUAAUGUAGAAACAACAUCAUGAUAACAUAGAACGAUUAUUUACUUUGUUGUAGAAUAAACAGUCGCGUAAUUACUUUUAUAAUUUGUCUUGUUGAAUAUAAUAGUAUUAAAAAAUGCUUCGGAAACCAAAUCAGUGCUUUUCUAGAAAUAACCGCCCACUUGUCUUAUAGUUUUAUACAUAGACUGGAUUACAUUGAGAGUUCCCUGGUAGAUACUAAUCUUUAGAAAUAAAGAUCAUGUCUGGUUUACCAUGUCUACAUGUAUAUCAGUUACAGGUCAAAAUUAUAUUAAAUCAUAUACCUUUAUUUCAUAGAUGUUUUAAUUCUUUUAUCAAGCAAAUUAAAGGUCAAAAUUAUAUUAAAUGAUAUUCCUUUAUUUGCUAGAUGUUUCAAUUCUUUUAUCAUUAAAAAGGGGCAAAGUUCAAGUAAUCCAGUAAUUGUAGAACAAUACAUGUGAUUUAAAUUUACUGUCCAAUUGAACUUAGACAAAAUAUUUAAAGAAAGCAGGAGACUAUUAAAUUGGAUCUGUCUGUCUGUCUGUCUGUCCGUCCGAUUUCCUGUCUGUACACAAUAACUCAGCUUCUAAUUGAUCUAGAAUGUUGAAACUUGGUAAAGAUGAACUAAGAUCCAUUAUGCUUAUCAGAGAUAAGCAAUUUGAUCAGUCAAGACUUUUGGGGACAUUAGCUGUGUGCUUUAUUGGGUGAGGGGUGUUGGAUGGUCGAAUGGUUAGCGCAUGCAUGCUUUAUCAUAAAGUCUGUCAUUGAGUCAACUGGCAUGGUUUCGAUUCCCCGGUUGUACGUGACAAGGAGUAGGGUAACCUGUCCAACCUCGUGGGGGUUUUCCGGGUCCUCCGGUUUCCUCCCACUGCUAAAGACCCCUAUGUGCAAGCAAGUUAUUGAAAUAAAAUUGAACCAUAUGUUAGUCCCGAAAUGACCUAGUUUGUGUCAAGUGGAUGUUAAACCCCAUUUCUCUCUCUCUCUUUCAGUAGGCGAAUGUCAUCUCUUUAUUUUGUGAUCGAGAUGGGGGAUAUCUUCCUUACUCUUGACUUGUUUCAACUCUUUGUUUGCAUGUUUAAUUAUAUUUUCACAAAAUAUUUUUUUUUUCUUUUUGGAUCAUUUCAUAACUACUCUCUAAACAUCUCCUAUCACUUAUGUUCAUGUAUCACUUCAUUUCCUAUAUUUCCUUAUGUUGUAUGACAAGCUGACCACAUCAAGAAUCUCUAGAGUUAUCUCCCAUAUUACAUUUUGCCUUUUAAGCCUAGAGCUGGUCAAUUUCAGUAAUUCCUAACAUGUUAGGCUAAGAUUUCAUGCUUAGUAAAUUCCGGCAAUAUUCCUGAUUCAAAAUAAACUGUGGAAUUGAUUGGGAAGAACAAUAAUUCAGAUUCUUGAAUUGGUCAGCAUUGUCUUUAACUUAAUUAAGUAUAAAAAUAGAGGAACUUGUCGGCAACAACUUAAAUAUUUCAAAUUCAUGACAGAUUUCUUAACAUCUCAAAUGAAUUCAGAAUUCAGAAAAAAAAGUAUUACCAGUAGUUCUUUUCAAGAGAACUGACCAAAAUUUGAAAUGUUUAAUAUUAAAAAAAAAUCAUAUUCUGAAAUCGAAAUAUUGACAAUCAAACAUUUGAAAAGUAUCCAGUAUGCCUAGAGCAAACAUCAGAGCCUAUAUUCUUUCUUCAUUGUCCAAUUUUAGUUUGGUGUAAUAUCUAUGCUUAGAACUGAACUUGCAUUAAAGUCCGCAUGCAUUUUUACAAACCCAGUGUGUAUUAAUGAAAGUCUCAUUUUAAAAUGAAAUAUUUGGUUAGUUUCAAGGAAAGUUUUCAGGUCAAAGUUUCAAAGUUAUAUUGAUAACACUGAAGCUGGUGGUGUCGAGGAAAGUUUCUUUGAAAUGAUAUGUUACACAUUACAAUGCAGAUUUUCUUUAAUACAUAUUGUUCGUUUGAAGGUUCGUGUUAGUUUAAUGCCAGUCUUAGGUUAAACAUAGAGGUUAUCCUUAAAAUGAGGAAACUAUGUAAGCAAAUCGUCACAUGGGACGUUUAUUCCACGUUUUUAUACAUCAUUUAUAUGUGGACGUAUAUUGUUGUUACCUUGUCUGUCCAACCUUACAUACUACAAAUCUUCUCCGACUUUUUCCAAAUUUACAGGAAUUCGUCGAAAGGAUGGAUUCUUUCCCAUUUACUUUUGUACUCUCUGGUCAUAUUUUGACUUUAAAAGCUUGUAAUUUUUUUAAAACUUGUUGGGAUACAUGUAGUUCAUUGGGCCUAAGAAAGAGCCAUGUCAAAAUUAAUUUUUUUAAAUUGGUGUAAUCAUGUGAACGCGAUAAAAGAACAAAAACUUAACGUGAUUAUUCAUUGAAGCAAGAGAGAGUUUAAAUUAGAAAUUUUUUGGAUCUGGUAUCUUUCUAUUUGGCUUUGUUUAAAACUUUUUCCCAAAGAUUUUUUGUGACCCUUAUUUCAGUGUACGACUUUGCUGCUUGUCUUUGUUUUAAGGGGCCUAACAAGCCCCCGUCUGUGUUAUAUGUUCUGUUGCGUGGUCUAAAUGAACUAUUGCAUGUUGAGUUCACAACAAGCACUAAUAGUGCCAUUCACUCAUCCUAUCAAACUCGACUGUGUCUUUGGUUUUUGUUGACUUAAAAGUUUCCCUUUUGGGCUCCUAUUUCAGGAUUUUUGUUUGAUUAAAUAUUUUUGUGUUUGUCUUCGACAGAAAAGUCAUUGUGCACGUCCCUUACAUCGUCAAGUUUUCUCAUAUAUCGAUUUUGCAGGAGUGCUUGAAUUAGUCUAGCUUGUUAUAGAGUAUGAGGGGACCGUGUUUUGUGAGUAAUGUUAUGUAAUAUAAAAGAGGUAGUAUGUCUCCGCCAAGGUUUGUAUACAUUACGAGGUACAUGUAUAAUUUCCCAAACUUUUUAAAAGCAGAAUUGUAAGAAGGUACUACAUGUAGGCGUUUUAUUAGCUUUUUUUUUUUCUAAAGAAUCAUUUUCUCUACACCUGUUUUAUUUGCCCCAUUCUUAUAAUAAUUAUCUUUUUGGCCCAAUCAUUUUUUCCUCCACUCCAGUUUUUUUUUACCCUUUUUUUUUAUUCCUCAGCGGGAUUUUUCCCAAAAAUGUCAAUGGCAGCUAAACCACCAGCAGUUCUGACAAUAGCGAUAAUAUAUAGACAAUAUUUCAUCUUGGUUGGUCAUGAGAAUGAAAUUACGAUUUGUUUCUGUUAAAUUAUCAUUGUUUUUUUUUUCUUGAGCAUUAAAAUAUCAAUCUUAAAAGGAUCAAAAAGAUGUAAGUUUCAGCAUGAACCUCCAUGUCAUGGCAGCUGACUCGCAAUUUGCUUCUAUUAAAUGCCCACUUCUUAAGCAUUAAAAUAUCAGUCUUUAAAGGAUCAAAAUCAAAAAGAUGUAAGUUUGAGCAUGCACCUCCAUGUCAUGGCAGCUUACCCUGUGAAGUCUUUAAUUGCGGCAUAAACUAAAACACGCUUAUAUGAAUGUUCAGUGGCUUUAUAUGCUCCAAAACAUCAUUUCAUUAGCUUAAAUAUAUACUUAUCCUGCGUUUGGCUUUAAUGGAUUGCAGUACCAACAUUAGCAAUUUUGAUUUUCUUAAGAUGACCAGUUGCUGAGAUGACCAGUGCUUGUGGCUGUUCCAGUCAGCUUUUUUUCUGUUAGUUAUUUCACGAUCGUCUUCUAAUGACCAGCAUAAAAUAGACACAUAAACUCUUUUCGUCAAAUUUAUCGUUGACAUUAUUUCGAAGGAAAACUUAUGAAUCUUUUCUUUUCAGGGUCAAGGUAGAAUAGAAAAGACAGAAAUUAUUGAAAUGGCCAUCAAGCAUAUUACUUCACUACAAGUUCAAGUUAAACAUGCUAACAAAUCUGAUGUGCAGGUGUCUAAAGAUGAGGUCAAACAGUCUUUUAUCCAUGGAUUUCAGCUGUGUAAGAAAGAAGUUUUCAACUUUUUAGUGGAUGUUGAAGGAGUGAGUGCAUCAAAUCCGUUUUGUAGCCGAGUCUGCAGUCAUUUAGAUAAAAAGAGUAAAGAAAUGGCUGACGAAGUGACAGAUUUACAAGUCAAGGCAGGAAAAGAAAUUAAUACAGAGCGUGAAACCAAGUUUAUACCUAUAGAUACAGAAGCAAAAUGUCUUCUCACAAAUGAAGGUGACAUACCCAAGAAAAUGUCCUGUGAUGCUGAUAAUAAUGAUGUUGCUAUGGGGAUGACAGCACAUAGAAUGUCCGACCUGGAGACAGAUUCUGGUGUCUCUAUCAAAUCCAUCAAUAAUAAUUCAACUUUUAGUAGUCAGACGUCUUCAGAUGACAGCAUGGAAGAAAGAAGUAAAACAAGCAAAGGGUACUACAAAUUUAAACAUUGUAUCCGAAGAAGAUUUUCUAAAGAGAAGGAAAGCGACACAUCAUCGGUGAGCUCCCACGAGCAGGAAAGAGAGGUUCGACCCAAACAUGUGGCCAGCCGAUAUCAUAAAUCCUGCCACAGUUCAAGUCCCAUGUCAUCUUGUUCAUCGUCCUCUUCAUUGAAUAAUAUGCCCAUUACUAUGGAUAAUACUAACAAUGAAAAGAGAGAUGAUGGUGAGAGUUCUCUAACUUGUUUACCAGGCUUCGUUAUCCAUCCUUCAGGCACUCAUUAUGUUCCCAUUUCUGUUAAUCAGUCAUUCCUGCCAGACUUGUUUGAAACUUCAAGUUACUCAAGUCAGAAAGUUUUUCAUCCAAUCAGUAUCCCGGUUCAUUUUUGUGCCGCUUAUGCAUUGAAAGUGUAAACAUAAGAAUUUUGUAAAUAGAGUAUGAAUGGUUAAUUGUGAUAUGAAAGAGUGCUAAUUGGAAUCAGACUGGUGUGAUUAUGUAAUCCAGAACUGCUCAAUCGCGCGUAUAAAGUGCCAACAGCACAGAAAAAUUAGAAAAAAAAAUUGAGCGCUCAGUUGCGUCCAAGUGCCAUUAUUAUAAAUCCAAUUUGAUUUGUAAAUAAAAGGAAUGAUGCAUUACAUGUGAUAUUGAAAAUGUAAAUAUAGUUAUAAAUAGAGUUGUAAAUAUAAAUUGUUAAUAUAAAUUGUUAAUACAAUUGUUAAGAUUAUAUGUUGGAUGUGAUAAUUAAAUUGUAAAUAUUUAUUGUAGGCUGAUAGCCGCUAAUAGUUGAAAUUUAAGAUGUAACUGAAUAAUGUAUUAAAAUUGUUUACUAAUAUUUAAUGUUAUCGACUCGGGCCUGGAAAAAAUUAUUUUAGUUAUACUUGACAAAAUGUCAAUAAAAACUGGGCCAGACAUAUUGCUGGCAUCAGAGGAAUUGUGCCUGACAGUGUCUGUGACCAGUGCCCUAUUUCCAGACUUGGUCCAAAGGGGUAAACCUGUAAGAAAAUCAAUGAUUAUUAUCAGAUAUAAACACACGAACAAAUGUUUUCAAAAAGCAAGAAAGGAAAUUGGCACAUCAUUAUUUAAAAUAUAAGUUUUAUGGAAAAGAUUUAUGGUCAUUUUCCAGGAAAUGACAAAGAGGUUCAAUAGAAGCCUAAACUUAAAUUAAUUUAAUUUUUAACAUACGCACUAUAUGAUUAAACAAAUUAAUAGGUUAUGUUCUUAAGAAUACAUUUACAGGAAAAGAAUAUAUAAAAUUUCUGUUUUUGCGUAAUUCAUUGCUCGUUGCAACCUUGUAAACGUUCUACAGGUCACAUUAUUGUUCAUCUGUUGUCAGCUAGAAUGUGACUGUGUGCUAAUAAUAGAUGCUACAAUAU